GUUUCCAUCCGGGUCCUUGUGUUCCGCGCUCCCGCGCCGGCGGCGACCGCCCGGUGUUUGUUGGGUGUUGAUUACUCCCGCUGCUCCAGCUUUCGAAGAGCCGGUGGGUCAGCGGUUUGCGGAGUGAAUGGGCCCAGCAGCCCUCCCAGUUGAAGUGGGUCGGCAUCCUCCGCCUUCCGGGCAGGGACAGCUGACAUCUGUGCUGCUUCUCGACUCUCAUCGGGAUCAGUCACGAACACGCGUGGCCAGGCCACCCCUGCCCAGCGCGCUUCUUCGUGGCCCGGGCUUCAGAGACCUUUUCAAGAUUGAACUUCUUGUCCUGGACGCUGUGCAUCAUCAUAAUGAGGCUUGUAAUUCUUGAUAACUAUGACUUGGCUAGUGAAUGGGCGGCCAAAUACAUCUGUAAUCGCAUCAUUCAGUUCAAACCUGGACAGGACAGAUAUUUUACCCUGGGUUUACCUACAGGGAGUACACCUUUAGGAUGUUAUAAAAAACUAAUAGAAUAUCACAAGAAUGGAGACCUUUCUUUUAAAUAUGUGAAGACCUUUAACAUGGAUGAAUAUGUUGGACUUCCCAGAAAUCAUCCUGAAAGCUAUCAUUCUUAUAUGUGGAAUAACUUUUUUAAGCAUAUUGAUAUAGACCCUAAUAAUGCUCAUAUCCUUGAUGGAAAUGCUGCAGAUUUGCAAGCAGAAUGUGAUGCAUUUGAAAAGAAAAUUAAAGAAGCUGGAGGAAUAGAUCUUUUUGUUGGAGGAAUAGGUCCAGAUGGUCAUAUCGCUUUCAAUGAGCCAGGAUCCAGUUUAGUGUCAAGAACAAGAUUAAAGACUCUAGCAAUGGACACCAUUUUGGCAAAUGCUAAAUAUUUUGAUGGAGAUUUGUCGAAAGUGCCAACUAUGGCUCUAACAGUUGGUGUGGGGACAGUGAUGGAUGCGAGAGAAGUAAUGAUCCUCAUAACAGGUGCGCACAAGGCAUUUGCCCUGUACAAAGCAAUAGAAGAAGGAGUCAAUCACAUGUGGACUGUUUCAGCUUUCCAGCAGCAUCCCCGAACAAUUUUUGUAUGUGAUGAAGAUGCUACUUUAGAAUUAAGAGUUAAAACUGUGAAAUACUUUAAAGGUUUAAUGCAUGUGCACAAUAAACUUGUGGAUCCACUAUACAGUAUGAAAGAAGGAGAUUGAAGGAGAUUGGAGCAAAAAUUCUGCUUGAAUGAACAAAACACUUUAUAAGUAGUGAAUUUUCAGCUAUGCAAUAUGAUAGAACAUGGGGAAUUUUGAAGAUUGUCACUUUAAAAGUCCAAUAUCUAUAUGUUAAACAUUCCAUAGUUAGAAUGUGUUUAUUUUGCACUAGGACUUGCUUAGAAGUAGUUGGCUCUCACAACUGUUCAGUUGUUUAUUAGCCAGCCUGUAAAAACAAUGCAGAAAUGCAGUACCCACCUGUUUUUUUUUUUUUUUUUUGAAGUCAUUUUAAAGAUUCUGUUCAUCAAGUACUGUUUUAUAAUAUGACUCCAAUGGCAUAAAAUAGAUUUUAAUUUUUAUCACAUGAAGACACUCCAAACUUUUCAGGUUAUCAAACAGCUGUCAUUGCAGACUGACUUCUGGAACGCCGUCUGUAUAUUUUCUGUGCAUCACACACAAGCUUUGCUGCACGUGGUUGCCUUAGUCAUUUCUGCAGUAACAUCAGGACAUCAAAAAGUCCUG